UGCUCCGUCAUUAUCUUCCAAUCUCCAAAAUUUUCCAUCUCUUAAAUAAAGGAAAAAAGAAAAAGAAAAAGAAAUUACUAUCAGAGAGAAAGAAAGAAUAAGAGUGUAUGUGAAAAUCUCAAUCGACGUUCAAUCCUUGUCUGCUCUUUCCCGUAUCUGUGUAGAAUCUCAUCCAUUUUUUUCAUUUCCUGGAGAGAGAAAUUGAAAUCUCAUUGAUUUUUUUUUUUUGGAGAGAGAAACUAGAGAGAGUGUGUGCACACGAGUGUGUCAAAUCAAUCUGCCUUAUCUUCACUUGAUGUUAUUACGAUUGAUUAAUCGUCAAUCGAUACCUUGCUUUCUUCAAUGGAGAUUGAUUUAAAUCGCUGAUGCGAUUUUCCUAGUGUCAGAUCGAUUCUGUCGAUGUAUUAAAUUGUGUUUUGUAAUUUUAUUUUAUUUUUGUCAGUUUGGUAAAAAUAAAAAAUGAACAACGGUGGCGUUUCAGAAGGCUUGUCUCCGCCGCUUGAGUGGAAAUUUUCUCAGGUUUUUGGGGAACGGACUGCAGGAGAGGAAGUACAGGAAGUUGAUAUCAUAUCCGCUAUUGAGUUUGAUGGAACUGGUGACCAUCUUGCUACUGGAGAUCGUGGGGGCCGAGUGGUUUUAUUUGAAAGAACUGACACACGGGAUCAUGGUGGGAAUCGGAAGGAUCUAGAGAUGAUGGAUUAUUCAAUCAGUAGACAUCCUGAGUUCCGGUAUAAAACAGAGUUCCAAAGCCAUGAACCUGAGUUUGACUAUCUAAAAAGUUUGGAAAUUGAGGAGAAAAUCAACAAAAUUAGAUGGUGCCAGUCAGCCAACAGUGCCCUGUAUCUUCUGUCUACUAAUGACAAGACCAUUAAAUUAUGGAAGGUCCAAGAAAAGAAAGUCAAGAAAGUAUGUGAUUUGAAUGUAUACCCUGACAAAGCUUCAGGAAAUGGUCCAAUGGUAGGUUCAAGUACAUCAGCAGUCCCCAAACCUUAUAUUGCAAAUGGUGGAUACAGAGAGAGACCCUUUGGUAGUUCGGGCAAUGACUUUUUAUUUCCACCUGGGGGUGUUUCAUCUCUGCACCUGCCUGUGGUAGUUGUUGUUAAAUUUGCUAUUUAGGUUACCAAUCAGGAGACAAGCCUUGUGGCUGGAUGUCGAAGAAUAUAUGCCCAUGCCCAUGACUAUCAUAUUAACUCUAUUUCAAAUAACAGUGAUGGUGAAACUUUUAUAUCAGCCGAUGACCUGCGAAUAAAUCUCUGGAACUUGGAAAUUAGCAACCAAAGUUUUAAUAUUGUAGAUGUGAAACCUGUGAACAUGGAAGAUCUAACUGAGGUGAUAACUUCUGCGGAGUUUCAUCCCACCCAUUGUAAUAUGUUAGCGUAUAGUAGUUCAAAGGGUUCAAUUCGUCUUAUUGAUAUGCGACAGUCAGCUUUAUGUGAUACUCAUAGCAAAUUGUUUGAGGAACAGGAAGCUCCUGGUUCAAGAUCUUUUUUCACGGAGAUAAUAGCCUCAAUCUCAGAUAUUAAGUUUGCUAAGGAUGGAAAACAUAUACUAAGUCGUGACUAUAUGACUCUUAAGUUGUGGGAUAUAACUAUGGAUUCUGGUCCUGUUGCGACUUUCCCGGUUCAUGAAUAUCUAAGACCUAAGCUCUGUGAUUUAUAUGAAAAUGACUCUAUCUUCGACAAAUUCGAGUGUUGUCUAAGCGGAGAUGGACUUCGAGUGGCUACUGGUUCCUACAGCAACCUGUUUCGUGUGUUUGGUUGUUCUGAAGGCAGCACAGAAACAGCAACUUUGGAAGCCAGCAAAAAUCCCAUGAGGAAACAAGUUCAAACUCCAUCAAGGCCUACUAGACCUCUGGCUUCUCUUUCUGGUGUUGUCAGGAGGGUAAAAGGUGUGGAUAACUCUGGAGUUGAUGCAAGUGGAAAUGCUUAUGAUUUCAACAUGAAGUUGCUACACUUAGCUUGGCAUCCAUCUGAAAACUCAAUUGCCUGUGCCGCUUCGAACAGCCUUUACAUGUAUUAUGCAUAAGGUUGGUCUGGGAAGAUGAUGAUGGCAAAGGCUUUUGUGUUUGCUUCUGGUGAAGCUGCUUCACUUCUUUCCUGAACCAGUGAUGUGGAAGUUGCACACUCUUAUCAGACUUCUGGCUUCUGGCAAUAUAUUAUAAUUUAAAUGAUAUCAUCCAACACCAGAGAAUGAAUUAAAAGAGAAAAGUUAAAAAACUUCUACUUGCAGGAACGCUAUACCCACUGAUUAUAUUCUUUUGUAAGGAAAGGUAGAAGAAUUGUCCUUAAAAUGUGUUUUAUUUAGGUCAAAGAAAAUGUGAUGGUAUUGGUAGCUUCUUCCCACAAGGAAACAGAGCCAUUAUAAAAUACUGCUACGGUGCUGCUAGGUCUUAACCUGGAACUCGGGAAAAGGAGUUGUUAUUGUGCGUCAAUUCUCAUUGAUAUCAUGGCCUUCAAUCUUGUAUCAUUUGAACUCAGAAAUUCUAGGCUUGUGAAAUUUUAUCAUCAUUAUUGUUAUUUAAAUUCUAACCAUUUUUUUUUUCCUCUUGCA